AUGGCUGAAAGCGUCAUGGGAAUGUCCCAAGCUGAUAUGGGAGCUCUAAAAGAAGCUCUUUGUGCUCAACGACAUCUUCUGCAAAAACUUUACAACGAAUUGGAUGUGGAAAGAGAAGCUUCAGCCACUGCAGCUAGUGAAGCUUUGUCCACGAUAUUACGUCUACAAGGAGAAAAGGUUGUGGUUAAGUUGGAGGUAGAGCAGUAUAAGAGAUUAGCCGAGGAAAAGAUGUGUCACGCAGAGGAAUCGUUGGCAAUUUUCGAAGACCUUAACUAUCAGAAAGAAAUGAAGAUUGUUGCUCUAGAUUACCAAGUUCAAGCUUAUCGGUACAAACUUUUGAGCAUGGAUUGCAGUGAUCUUGGAGUUGACGAGAUAAACUUUCCUGAGAAUCUGCUGCAAAGAAAUGAAAAUUUAGUCAAGGAAAUUAGUGUUCAAAACAUUUCCAGGAGAAAAAGAUCUAUAAGUCCAAAGACAGAUUUUGAUGAAAAUAAAGCGGAAGAACAGACAGGACAAGAAAUAAAAGGUCAGACUUUGGAAUUAGAGAAGAAGCCUGAGAAUUCUGUUGUUGGACAAAUCAUUUUGUACUGGGAACAUAUUAGAAAUUUAGAUGAAAGAGUGAAAGAGAUAGCAGGAGUUAACUAUGCGAGUUCUAAGAAUGGUUCGAGAUCUUCUUCAAUAUGUUCACAAGUGAGCAUUGGAAUGGCAUAUGAUGCAACAAAAGAAUUUAUAAGAAGGGAGUUGGAUCAGGCUAAACAUGCUCAUUGUGUAAUGGAAACAAAUGCAAAUUCUGCUUCUUCCUCAAGUAUCCAUGAUGUCUUUGAAGUUCCACAAAUCCAUGAGAAUCAUAGAGGUCAUGUACGCCAGACAAAAGAACGGUGUGAGGAAGUUUUGGAAGGUGAUGAGAGAAUUGAAAAACUUGACAUUGUUAUGUCAUAG